AUGUCUUCUCAUAUCAGUAAUGGCCAUCACAAUGCCCACUCGACCCUAGCCGAUAUACCAAAAUCCAACAAUUUCACAUCCAAUCUUCCUCCAGAUCCCCAAUUUCCCACCCCAGCAGACUCCCAUUCAGCCCCUCGACAGAAAUUGGGGCCUCGUCUGGUCCGCGGCGCAUUGUAUACCUUUGUCAGACCCGAGCCGACAGAAGAUCCUGAACUCUUAGCCGUGAGCAAAGCCGCUCUACGAGAUAUUGGGCUUGCCGAGGAUGAAGCCUCCUCAGAAGAAAUGAAACAAGUGGUGGCCGGGAACAAAUUCUACUGGGAUGAGGGAAAAGGCGGCAUUUACCCUUGGGCACAAUGUUAUGGCGGCUUCCAAUUUGGGUCUUGGGCGGGCCAGCUAGGUGAUGGGCGAGCCAUAUCCCUCUUUGAAAGCACCAACCCAGAGACUCAGGUCCGCUAUGAACUGCAGUUGAAAGGCGCCGGCAAGACACCGUAUUCACGUUUCGCCGACGGGAAGGCCGUUCUACGAUCCAGUAUCCGAGAAUUUGUCGUUUCAGAGUACCUCCACGCGAUUGGUAUCCCCACAACACGUGCACUAUCACUCACUUUGUGUCCGCACUCCGAGGUCGUCAGAGAGCGGCUCGAACCCGGAGCAAUUGUUUGUCGCUUUGCGCAAUCCUGGCUGCGACUGGGAACAUUCGAUCUUCUGCGAUCCAGGGGCGAUCGGGAUUUGAUCCGCCAGCUGGCGACGUAUAUCGCGCAAGAAGUCUUUGGUGGCUGGGAAUCAUUACCGGCCGUCCUGCCCGCAGAUAUCACCGACAGCCACAUGGAUCCAGCCAGAGGAGUUCCCAAAGAUGAAGUCCAAGGCAAAGAAGGUGCCGAAGAAAAUCGGUUUGCCCGACUCUACCGGGAAAUUGUCCGACGCAAUGCCAAAGUUGUGGGAAUGUGGCAGGCGUAUGGCUUCAUGAACGGCGUCCUGAACACCGAUAACACCUCCAUCUACGGUCUUUCGCUCGAUUACGGUCCAUUCGCAUUUAUGGACAAUUUCGACCCUGCGUAUACACCGAAUCAUGAUGAUUACAUGCUUCGGUACAGUUAUCGAGCUCAACCGAGUAUCAUUUGGUGGAAUCUUGUUCGUCUCGGGGAGUCACUUGGGGAGCUGAUUGGUGCGGGUGAUCGUGUUGACGAUCACGUGUUUGUCGAAAAAGGUGUGGAAGAAGAUUUCGCUCCCGUCCUCAUUAAACGUGCCGAAACCAUCAUUGACCAGAUCGCGGACGAAUACAAGGCAGUCUUUCUCAGCGAGUACCGUCGUCUGAUGACACUGCGUGUCGGGUUGAAGACUCAAAAGGACAAUGAUUUUGAUGUCCUAUUCUCAGAACUCCUGGACACGAUGGAGUCCCUGGAACUGGAUUUCAAUCACUUCUUCCGCCGCCUUUCUUCGGUGAAACUGGAUCAUGUUAGCACCAAGGAGAAACGUGAAAAUACGGCAGAACGAUUCUUCCAUGAGGAGGGGAUUACCGGUUUGAACGAAACCAAAGAAUCCGGGCGUGAGAAAGUGGGCAAAUGGCUUGAUUCAUGGCGUGAACGAAUUAUAGAAGACUGGGGCACUGAGCCUUCUGUUGAUGAGGAAAGGGAGACGGCCAUGAAAGCCGUGAAUCCUAAUUUCUUUCCUCGAGGUUGGGUUCUAGACGACGUCAUCGACCGCGUCCAGAACAAGAAAGAAAGGGAUAUCUUGAACGGAGUUAUGGAAAUGAGUCUCAAUCCGUUCAAAGACCACUGGGACUGGAAUGAAGAGAUUGAAAAGAAAUAUUGUGGUGAUGUACCAAGAUUCCAAAGAGCAAUUCAAUGUAGUUGCUCCUCUUGA